AUGUCAUUCUCGUCGUUCAAGAAUCCGGCGACGUACCAUUUGCUCAGCUAUGGCACCCUCCUCGGCUCCACCCUCUUCCAGUCCUUCGUCUCAGGCAUCGUAGCCUUCCGCGUCCUCCCGCGUCCCCAAUUCUCCACACUUCAGAAGCACACUUUCCCUGUAUACUUUACGCUCCAAACUCUUACUCCCGUUGUGAUGCUGCUCACCUAUCCGCGUGGUGGUGCACCCUCCCUGCUUCCGUUCCUCUCUUCGUCUCCCAUGCCACAGACUGCAACCGACAAUCUGAGUUCCUGGCUACAUACUACCAUGUUCCUCACGGCGCUGCUGAACUGGGUGUACAUUGGGCCCAAGACGACCGAGGUCAUGGGUCUGAGGAAACAUCAGGAAACCAGGGAUGGGAAGAAGAGCUAUGAUGCCGGGCCACAUAGCAAGGAGAUGCAGGCCUUGAACAAGCAGUUUGGCAUCUUGCACGGCGUUAGCAGUUUGGUCAAUAUGGUGGGCUUGGGGGCUAUGAUCUGGGAAGUGCAGUAUCGACAGCUUGUCUCUCGCGCUGUAACACAGCGUUUGCAUUCCCCAUCUCUUGACGACCCUACCAAGACAGAUGUGGCUAACAAACUUGCGCAUCCGUUGAAGACAUGGGAGACACAAGAGCGCUCCAUUGCACGACACAAGGCUCGAAUCGAGGCCAAAAUGCUGGAUAUACCAUGGACACAGUUUAUCCGCGAUGUAGAGAGAGCUACCCUUGAAGUCCAUGUCCUCACGCAAACACGAUACGAAGCACCCUGCGGGGACAGGACCAAGAACCAAGAAGCGAGCACGACAAACGAAGGAGUUCUAUACAAACUCGGCGGUUUGAAGGAUAUGGAGGAGGACAAAGAGUGGAAGAAAAAAGACGCGGCUGUUUACAACAUGCUCAAAGCUUUUCAGGGAGCACGGUGUCGCGACUGA